CUAAACUCAGGCAGAACCGAAGGGGAAUGAAUCUAAGUGCAUGAAGCCAGCAGCCCGGGUGGGAAGGCACUUCCAGUCGCGGGAGGACAUGAACACUGCACAGGCCAGCGACAGGCUUCAGAGCAGCCCUGGGAAGGAGCCCGGUGGUCAAGGGGCAAGCAGGUUCUAAUUAUAGCCACCCUUGCCAUAACUUUUGAUUUAUAUUUGGAAAAAUACUAUCCAGAAAAAAAUGAUAAAAUUCUUCCUCAUGGUGAAUAAACAAGGGCAGACCCGGCUGUCUAAGUACUAUGAGCACGUGGAUAUUAAUAAGCGUACAAUUCUGGAAACAGAAGUCAUCAAGAGCUGUCUCUCUCGAUCCAGUGAACAAUGCUCUUUCGUUGAAUAUAAGGACUUUAAGCUGAUAUAUCGGCAGUAUGCAGCUCUCUUCAUCGUGGUUGGAGUUAAUGACACCGAGAACGAGAUGGCAAUUUAUGAAUUCAUCCAUAACUUUGUGGAAGUUUUAGAUGAGUACUUCAGCCGAGUGAGUGAAUUAGACGUAUCCUUUUUCAAAGCUGUGAGUCAAGCUUUCCACAGUAUUUGGCAAAACACAGGCUAGUCUUUACCAGGCUGUAUUUGAAAGCCUCUUUAAAUUAACUGGGAAAAUCUACAUGCCCUCUAAAGGUGAGUGACCUAAAUCUAGGACCCCUUUGACUUAGGAGACCCGAGACCACGCUGUAUAUUAGCAUGUAACCUUCCAUUUUAACUCAGCCCUUUAAAGCAAUUCAAGAUAAAUCUCUUCCUCCUUGUACAGGGGAAUAAGAAGUUGCCUUUUUACUUCAAGGAAGAUAGUGAAAGCUGAUAGACACUUCCCUGGGAAUACAGAACCCAAGUUCCACUUUUGGUCCUACCACCAGUUAGCUGUGUGUUGGACAAGGCACACAACCUCUCAUCUCAAAAUGAUUGAAUUAGACUAGAAGAGCUUUAAAGUCCUCAGCCUUAAUAUUUGAUGUUGCUAUGACUCUAGGUAACUGAGCUGAGUUACCUUACACCUGGAACAGGAGAGGAGAGUCCUACAAGGUUAGAUAUUCAGAGAAUUAAAGUGAGUCAGAUGUAACAGGAUAUGUAGUACAGUUGGCCUAGUUGUGUUGAUGUGUCUUACAUGUUGACUAGAUGUUUAUUAGAAGUAGAGAUGGGUUUGUCUUUGGGUCCCUCUGGUGAAUAGCAAAGGUCCAUGUAAUGAGCUCCAGCAUUCUUGUUUGAAUUUAAUUUCCACGCUAAGGCACACAAUUUGUAUCUUUCCCCUCAUUUUACUUAGUUUCACUUUUGCCUUCUCUUCCUCUCUGACCUAAUUACUUAUUUACUGUCCUCAGGAGUUAUUUAGGCAUAUCCAUCUGACAGAAUAGUAAUUUUUCAUCUUUUAGAGAAGAAAACUAAAUCUCUCAAGUGUUUGUCUUUGCUCUAGGUAUCAUUCAUGGGGAUCUCCAGUAGUCUAAAAGUGGAGUAGGCUGCAGGCCAGGCAAGGCCUGGGGCACUGUCUUCUAUGACUUUUUUUUUUAACAUGUUUUUAUUGAUUUCAGAGAGGAAGGGAAAGGGAGAGAUAGAAACAUCAUUGAUGAGAGAGAAUCAUUGAUCGGCUGCCUCCUGCAUGCCCCACACUGGGGAUCGAGCCCACAGCCCAGGCAUGUGCCUUGAUUGGGAAUCGAACCUUGACUUCCUGGUUCAUAGGUCGACGCUCAAUCACUGAGCCACACAGGCCGGGCUUCUGUUGACAUUCUUAAAGGUUUUUCACCCUCAGCCAUCUGAAAAAAAAAUCAAAUUAAAAAUCUACGACUCUACUCUGUCUCGUCCAUAGUUCUUUUUAACUAUCAAAUGUGCAGGGAGUGCCGCCACACACCAGUUUCCUAACAGGAAGACCAGGGAGCCUUGUAGAGAUGCGUCCUGUUUCCUGCUCUCAGACCAUAGACCAGCGGUUCUCAACCUGUGGGUCGCGACCCCUUUGGGGGUCGAACGACCCUUUCACAGGGGUCGCCUAAGACCAUCGGGAAACACACAUAU